CGCCCCGAGCCCCCGGGGCCGAGUUCCCGCCGCCCGGCCCGCAGAAUCAGAGUCAGAGGCAGCCUCACCCGGGCGGGUAGACACCCACCAGAUGUUUGCCAUCCAGCCAGGGCUAGCUGAGGGGGGCCAGUUCCUGGGGGGCCCACCUCCUGGAUUAUGUCAGCCCAAGCUCCAGCCAGACGGCAACUCCAACUUCAUGACAAGUGCCAAGGAUGCCAAUGAGAAUUGGCACGGGAUGCCAGGCCAAGUGGAGCCCAUCCCUAUGAGGAGCUCCUCAGGGCUGCCCCCUGAUCACCAGGUUUUCCAGGCCACUGGACUCCCUGACGGGGCGGUUCGCAGCCCACCAGAGGGGGCAGAGAUCCCUCGAGCUGAGCCUGAAAAGAUGGAUAGUGCCAGCAAAGUCUGCUCCCCUCUGGAGGACAACGGUUAUGCCAGCAGCUCCCUGAGCAUUGACAGCCCUAGCAGCAACCCUGAAUCUGCCUGUGGGUCCCCUAGAGGGCCUGGUCCUGCAGAACCCCUUCUACCCUCGGUGGCCCAGGCUGUGCAGCAGCUGCAGGCUCAGGAGCGCUACAAAGAGCAGGAGAAAGAGAAGCACCAUGUGCACUUGGUGAUGUACCGCCGGCUCGCCCUGCUCCAGUGGAUCCGCAGCCUGCAGCACCAGUUGUUUGACCAGCAGGCCCGGCUGCAAGAGAGCUUCGACACCAUCCUUGACAACCGGAAGGAGCUUAUCCGCUGUCUCCAACAGAGGGCAGCACCCUCCAGGCCCCAGGACCGGGGCUAAGGGUGUGCCUCCACAGGGGUGCAAGGGUGUAUGUAUAUCUUUGCAGGCAGGCAUAUGGUUGUGCAUGAGUGCAGGUAAGUGUGAGUAUGGAUGAGCUAAUGUAGGCAGGUAUGUGCAAGCAUGUGUGAAUCAGCACUUGUGUAUGAGUUUAUCUGUGCUGUGUGUUCCAUGUGUACCACAAGCUAACUUAUGUACAGACCUAUAUGUAAGUGUGUAAGGGGAACAUAUGUGUAGGUAAAACCUGUGUGUGAUGAAACAUAUAUGCAUGCACGAACAGAUACUUAAUAGUAUGCAUACUGUGAAUGAAUGAGGAUCAAUGUGUGUAUAUGAGUGAGUUUGAAUGUGCAAGCUUAUGGGUGUAUGUAAGUGAGCCCUUGUGUGUCCAGGCCUAUUUAUUGGGGGGAGGCAUGUGUGCAGCACAGGCAUGGGAAGUGUAUAUUUGGAGUAUUUUCAGGCAGACUCACAAGCAGAUGUGUGCAAAUAUAUAUUCAAAUCCCAUGAGCAUCCAUACACACUGUGGCAUACCCAUGGCCACUCCACCUUUUUUCUCUUCAUGGGUCCACUGCUCCCUGGAGAGGGAAGGGGAACCUGCUGUCAUUUAUCUGAGGGUUGAGACUCAUCCUUCUCCUGGGAUUUCCCGCUACUUCUCUUCCCUUCCCCUCACACCUCCCAGACCUUGCUCUACUAAGGUGGUUGUCCCCAAUAAAGAUUUGUUGUGGGAAGUUUUGUGGCUGCUCUGGCCUGCCAUGGCUUUUUGGCCACAAUUUGCCAGGGCAAUUGGUAGAGAAUUAGUAUCAGGGAAAGGAGCUAGGGAUACCGAUAGAGACCAUGGCAGGGUUGGGGACCAUGGGCAGGUCAGAGGAGACAGGAGACUGUCCCUCUAGAGCUCUGCCUUUGGGCACAUGGGAUAAGGGGGUGGAGUUGGUGAUUAUGGCAGAAACCUGUGAAGAAUAGGAGAAUGGAAAUUCUAAAAUAUCAAUUCCCAACAAACCACAUGUCUCCAUGCAAAGGAGCUAUAUUGCAAACCAUUUGACUUAAGCUUCUGAUGAAAAGUUGUAUGUACUAAUAUAUUAUAUGUCAAUUAUACCUCAAUUAAAAGAAAAAAGAGGGCCUCCCGGGUGGUUCAGUGGUCAAAGACACAGCGCUAUCAAGCCGCCAGCCACUGCAACAUGAGUUUAAUCUCCACCCUGGGAGCUAACCCAUAUGGUGUGGCCGCUGCUCCCCUCAGCAGUGUAUUUCAGUGGAUCCACCUGUCUGCUCCCCACUCUGUCUCUGGUGAAUCCUUUCAUCCCCCACACCUCUGGCCUAUACCCCAGUUCUUGUAUGCAUAAAUAAAUAAAUCUUAAAAAAAUGUAAAAGAAAAAAGAAAAGGAAUGUGUGCUUACAAACUUGAAAGAGAUGGACAGGAUGUUCCAAAGCUGUUGGGAAACAUCUCACUUCCUCUCUGUGCCUCUCCUUGCUGUGCCUGUGACUUUAGCAACACUGAGUUUGGUCCAUUUUCCUGAAAUCAGAUGGUCUGAGCCAGAAGGAACCACAGUUUGGCUUUCCAGGGUAGGUAGGAGACAGUGUCAGCACAGCUUCUGGAAGCUCGUAGGACGCUGGGCCAUACCCCCUUCAUCACCGCUCCGUCCUUUAAAUGGGAGUCGAUAGGCUCCAGCAGCUCUUGGAGGAAACCAAUGACGACGCAAGUGGCCGAGCUCUCUACUUUGCUUUUGGGAGCCAAAAGGAAGCCAGAUCCUCUUGGGUGAGCAGUGGCGUGGAAGUGACUGGCACUGCCUUUAGCCUCCAGUCUCCCUACCUGCAGAAGUGGGGGCUCUUCUAGACUAUCUCUACGGACUAUCUCUAGACUAUCCUCGAUGGGCGGGUGGGUGAAGGGGAUGGGAGAGAGGGGGAAGCAACGGCCCUGGGGACAUUGUGUUUAGUCCAUGCAUGUUGAGUAUGAAUCCGGCCUAUGGCCCAACCUAGGAUGAAUAAACAGGUAGAGAACUGCAUUUCUUGAAUUUGUGUUUCUAUUCUACCUGUAGUCUGGUGGCCUUUCCCUCACACAGUCUGAGUUUCCCUUUGCAUCCUCUACUGGAAGCUGGGGGGUCAUUGUAGAGGAGACACUAGAGAGGAGGAAUUCAGUUCUUGUCUGCAAGAACUGCUUGAAGAGGAGUCUUUCCUCAGGCUUGACCUCUGCCUGAGACACUGACGGCCUCAUAUGGGACUGACCUUGUCCUAAGGGUCCUUAGGUGACUUGACACAG